AUGGCUGCUGAAAUUAAUAUGGUAAUUUUGGCAUGGGACUUAUAUGUUGAAUUCAAUCAAAGUGAUGAAUUUGGUGUAUUAUUUAACGAAGUUACUAUUGAUAAAAAUGAUUUGAAGUACAAAGUAAAUGUUGAAUUUAGAGAGGCGGAGACAAGUAAAAAUAAAUUGCAAAGGGAUAUCGAAAUAACCAAAAGAAAAUCAACAGAUGACCUAGUUGAAAAAGCAAUCGAGCACUCUACCACCGAAGUUAGAUCAACACAUGAAGCUGCAACAACUUCCAAUAAUGGUGGAAUCACAACUCAAUCAAACAAAAACAAAACGGGUAAAAAAAGAGCUAAUCAAUUACAAUCUGAUGCUGAUUUUACCAAAAGAUUUUCAAACGAAACUUCAUCUGUUAGUAACAAAAGAGAAAGUAGAAGAGUCAAUAAUUAA